AUGACUACGAUCUUCGAGCCCCUAAAACCAAUAGCCGACCGGAUCUACCUCUACAAACCCUCUCCGGAGGCAAAGAUCGUCCCUGACCCUGACCCAACCGCCCCAUCUCUGGUAACUCUUUGUACCUGGGUUGGAGGAGCAACAUCCCGACGAAUCAACAAAUACAUAGUCAAGUACCGUGAACUCUAUCCCAACACCGCGAUACUUCUCAUCACGACCGAUUUUUCCAAUACGGCACUUCGUCCUUUUGCAUGGAUCCGAGCUAGUCUUGAACCAGCAAGGAAUGUAAUUCGGCAAAUAACACGGGAGGUUGAGAUAGAGAUCGGCAAUAAGCAAGAUCAUGACUUGACUACCACUGCCACUGGUAAUACUCAACGCGGCAUAUUACUUCAUCUAUUCUCCCACGGUGGAGGCAACACCGCACUCCAACUAGCCUUAUCCCUAAAAGAAGAAGAAGAAAACCAAGGCAUCCCAAACCCAUUCGCCAACUUGAAUCUCAGUCUCAUUCUCGAUUGCUGCCCCGGAGACGACGGGUUCUCAAGAGCAUACGCAGCAGCCCGAACAUCUGUACCCGAAACACCUGUCUCACAAUUCCUAGGCAAUACACUACUCUACCCAACCGUUGCAGUGAUAAAUGCUCUCCAACACGCGCGCCUUAUGCGAGCGAUACGAGACCUACGAGAGCAAUUGAAUGAUACCUCUAUCUUUGGAGCGGGCACUAGGAGACUAUACAUGUAUAGUAAGGAAGAUGCAAUGGUACAGUGGGAGGAUGUGGAAUCGCAUAUAGGAGAUGCGAAGGCUAAGGGAUAUGAAGUUGAUAGUGCGUAUUUUGAACAUGGGACACAUUGUGGCUUGAUUAUGGAGGAGACGAAUCGGGGACGGUACUGGGGGAUGGUACGGGGGUUUUGGAAAGGGGAAGAUAUAGUAUCAGAUCUAGCUUUGGAUGAGGGAGAUUGUGGAGAUAUCCGCAGUCGAUUGUGA